AUGAAUAAUACUAGGUAUCCACCUGAAGGCCACGUAAAGCUUAACGUUGAUGGAUCUUCCAAAAGUGACAACUCGACAUCGUGUGGAGUUGUGCGUGAUAGUGAAGGGGCAUUUCUAGCAGGAUUCUACCUCACCAAAAAGAAUCCACAAAAUUCCCACCUCUUGGAGAUUAAAGCCUUUCGACAAGGAAUUACGAUGGUGGGCGAAUUGGUAAAGCUUGAUCGAGAAGAAUGUGCUAGAUUCGGUAAGGUUCUGCUGUUUGGGGAUGCUCUUAGAACAAUAAGAUCAUUGAUCAAAGAAAAUGUGUCAAGGAGACAAAAGUCUACCACAGGCCCAUUGUCCACUGAAACCUUCCAGCUGAUGGAAGAUAUGACAGAAGAGUUGUGCUUCGAAUUCGAUUUGCAAUUUAGACACGAUCGUGAAAAUAGGGUAGCUGAUCAGAUGUGCAAAGAUGCACAUCUAUUUCCGGAUGGGCACAAGUUUGUGGACAGGGAGGAUGAAUUAUCCGUCAAGUGCAGGCGACUUAUGAAAGAAGAUAACCUUGAGCCGCAGUCUACUAUUGCCAUAUAUUUCGUUGGUGGAUACAAAAGAGGAGAAAACGCAGCAACAGAAGGAGAAGCAGGCUAA